AUGUGCAUAUCAGAAAAUCAAAAUGUUACCCGAAAAUCUAAAAGAAAGCGCAAGCAUAUACCGCAUGCACAGAGACCUUCCGAAUUUGUAGAAAGACGAAACAGACGAGAACGGAAUAGGAUACGGGCGGUGAACGAAGGUUUCAAGAGACUCCGUAGAAAACUUCCGUCGUGUGGCCAGGACCCUGAAGUUAGAAUUUCUAAGAUGGAGGUUCUGACUAAUGCUAUCGGGUAUAUAGAAUAUCUGUGUCGAGUUCUGGGGUACAGGGAUUUUGUGGAUUAUUGCCGGGAUGUACAGUCCUCAGGGAUGAAAGAGAACUUCGUAGUCCAAGCUCCUCAGGUUAAUUGGAAUGCUGUAAAUAAUGGCCCCUAUCUACCGCUCCGCCCUGUUGGUCUGAGGGAAAGACCCACAAACACAGGACCCACGUGCUCUCACGCCCCCUGGCGACUGGACAAGCCUGUCUCGUCAUCCAGUCCUCGACAGGUGAUAUCACGUGAUCAGUCCCUCCAUAACGAAACCUACAUCUGUGAAACAGAUACAAGUAUUCCCCACAUAACAGACUUAAAUGAUUCGUUCAAUAUCCAGGAAUUUCAGACUUUUAACGACUUUGAGGAAAUCUGUUGUGAGCAGAGUUAUUCCCCUUGUAAUCACGGACUGUCUUUUCAGCAUCUCACAUACUUUAACCCAUCAGUCUUUCCCCACAGUUCUUUUAAUUAACUUGAUGUAUUUAAGUUUUUAAAAUAAAAGUGUUUAAAAGCUUCGAAAUGUU